GAGAGAAAGACGGAGACAAAAAGAGAGAACACGCGCAUGCCGCAGGCAACGUUUUAUAGACUUGCACGCACUGGAUGUACGUUUUAUAUACCUGCGCCUCAAACAACAAGCAGGGUCAAGACGACGACGUUCGUGUAUAUACACAGAAGCGAGAGGAGUGAUUAGUGAGAUUUAAGGCCAAGGAUAGUGGCACCAGAAGAAGCAUCCACAAGGCGAUCAUCUAACUAUAACGAGAAUGGCCGACCACCUAGUGGAUGGGCCGCCCAAUAAGCGGCCCAAACUCAACGAUCCCUUUCAGGGUGCAUCAGACGCAUCUAUGGGUAUGGCGCCUCUAAUGAUGCACCAUUCUUAUACAAACUACGGGGGAGGUGGCAGUGGUAACAUGCAACAAAUGCAGCUACAUGUACAACAGCAGCAACCGCUACAUCUACAACACCUUCAAAUGCAGCCACUUUGGAACAACCACAGUCAUACUACGCAAAAAAGAAAUUUCAUGACAAACACAGAUAUGUUUGAUCUUGAAAAUGAUCUGCCCGACGAUCUACUAUCCACGGGCUCUUGGGGUUCAGCAACAGAAAGUGCUAAACCACCAGCCACGGGUCCAGGACCUGGACAACAAAAUGGCGCAUUAGAAUCCGAUUUACGACACGUACAGCAACAACAGCUUUCUCACCAUAUUAUUCAACAACAGCAACAAGGUAACAAGAGCCUAGUAGCUAAUUCUCUGGUGAUGGCUGGCAAUACACUAGGCAGUAAGUCUCCAAAUAUACAGUCGCCUCCAAACGUCUCGGUGACAAAGAACGUCGUGGAUCCACAGAUGGUAGUUUCAUUAGGAAAUUUGCCAAGUAGUAUAGCAAGCUCAUUGGCCAACAACCAACAACAAAUGUCGAUAGCUAACUCAAUGGGCGGAGGUGCUAUGCAGACAUCCAUGAGUAUACAGCAACAGCAACAGCAGCAACAAACAAACUCAGGUCAGCAACAGCAACAGCAACAGCAACAGCAGAAUCCUGGUGGCAUGUCAAUGAAUCCCAGUGGCAUGAAUUCCGGCCUAGUCAUGACAAGUAGCAGUGGUGCGAGUGUUGCUGGAAGCAACAGUAAUAACAGCAUGAGCGGUAUGGCUGGAGGCGGCCUUAUUGUUGCCAAUAGUCUCAAUAAGCAACCUCUUAAUACCGUAACGAUGAUGGGUGGACCGGCAACUGCUCAAAGCAUACAUCAUGCUGCGGCCCAACACAGCGUUGCUCAGAUGCAAAAUGGACCAGGGGGUAUGAUGAAUGCUCGGGCUGUUGCCAUGCAACAACAACAGGCUCAUAUGGUAGGUGGACCGGCGAGAGGUCAAAGUCCUCAUCAAGUACAUUCAGUAGGCAUCGUACCAGGCCCCGGUGGACCCAGAAUGCAGGCUCCACCAAAUAUAUCCAAUAUGUCCAACUUGGGACAAUUGACUGCUGCAUCCAGCCCCUAUGGUUAUGGUUCACCAGGCGGUGGUCCAGGGCCUGUUGGAGCCGGAAACACCGUGGGUGUUGUUGCGCCUCAACAACGCAACGUCGCUGCUGGUAUGACAGCAAUGCAGGUUGGCCGUUUUGGCGCAGCAUCUGGAGCCGGUGCUGGGCCUGGUGGACCUCUUGGUGGUACCGGAGUUAGUGUAUCCGGCGCCCAAGAAGGUGGCAUGGCCCAGCAAGCUCAACCACCAGCGCCAAGUCCUGCGCAGCCCCAAAGCGGAGCGCCUAGUGGUGGUCAACCCGGGCCCCAACAAGCGACGCAGGCCCAAGUACCUGGUACAGUCGCCCAGCCAAGAUCGCGGCCAGUGAACGCCGACCCAGAGAAGCGCAAACUCAUACAACAACAGCUCCUCCUGUUCUUGCACGCACAUAAUUGUCAGCGCCGUGAGAAUCAAGCGAACGGAGAGCAAUGGCAGUGCAAUUUGCCCCAUUGCAAGACUAUGAAAAAUGUUUUGAAUCACAUGUCGACAUGUCAGGCUGGUAAGAACUGCACAGUGCCCCACUGCAGUUCGUCGCGACAGAUUAUUGGUCAUUGGAAACAUUGCACACGAAAUGACUGUCCUGUUUGUUUACCUCUCAAACAGGCUGAGAAAAAUUGGCAUUCUAACACCGGUGCUGCGGCGACUCAGCCAAACAACCAACCUAGUCCCAGCCCGUCGGACAUGAGGCGAGCAUAUGACGCUCUCGGAAUCGCCGUACCGCCAACAACACAGCCAGGUCUCAUACCAGCUCAGAGUGUAGGUCGGAGCGUUAGGAUGACGACACCCAAUAUACCAACCCAACCUAACACCAUGACCAACGUGAGGCUUGCUCAACGCGAAGCCACAGGUGGUCCAGGUCAGUCGGUGGUUGGCGCUUCGCAACAAGUUGUCGCUCCGAAUGUCUCGUUGCCACUAAGCUCAGAUCCGUCCUCGGUAACCUCGGCCGCUGUUGUUGCCGCUGCUAGCCAGUCAACUCCAACGAGUGGGACUGGGUGUGCGGGCGGCAACCAGCCCUCGGCCGCAGCAGCGGCCGCCGCUGCCAAUAUUCAACAGCAACUCUUUGGGCUAAGUGAGUCUGGACAACCCGGAAGUCUCAUGAACGAGACCAGUAGAAUUUCCAGUCUCCAACUUCCAGCGGGUUUACAGCCUGGCCAGGUCACUGCUACACCUGUUCAGGGAACCAAGGAAUGGCACCAGUCAGUUACGCCAGAUCUGAGAAACCAUCUUGUACAUAAACUAGUUCAAGCAAUAUUCCCUACUCCAGAUCCUCAAGCUAUGUUGGAUAAGAGAAUGCAUAAUUUAGUGGCCUACGCCAGAAAAGUUGAAGGUGAUAUGUACGAAAUGGCUAAUUCGAGGUCGGAGUACUAUCAUUUACUAGCUGAAAAAAUUUACAAGAUUCAAAAAGAACUUGAAGAGAAACGUCAGAAGCGCAAAGAACAGCAGCUACAGGCACAGCAGCAGCAACAGCCACCGCCAGCACCAGGUGCACCUGGACCAAGUUUGAGGCCAUGUGUUCCACCAGGAAUGAACGCCAAUGUUCCGAGGCCCAUCGGUGCCGUCCAACCGACAUUGCGUAGUCAUUCUCCAGGUAUGGGUCAACUUGGCCUCUCUAAUAUGGCCAUGCAGCACAAUCGCAUGCAGUUUAGCCAGCAAGCACAACAAGUGCAGGCACAGCAAGUCCAAGCCCAGCAACAACAACAACAACAACAACAACAACAACAACAACAAAGCAUGAUGGUAGGACCACCAGGUCCGAGUCCAAACGGCCAAUCCGUUUCUAAUUCAAAUAUGGUGGCGAAUCAAGGACUGAGUCCCUUUGGUCAACCACAAAUGUCCCAAUCUAAUCUUACUACGACAACAGCAUCCGUGACGACUAGUCAGUUUCCAACGUCUAACGGUACAACAGGCCUAUCAAAUAGUUCUCCCAUUCACAGUCAAAGUCAGUUCACCGACAUUAUGAAAGUCAGAUUGGCACAAGCUCAGGCAGCACAAGCAGCCCAGCAGCAACAGCAGCAACAGCAGAGUCAACCAACAACUACAUCAGGUCAGAGUGUGGCUGCAACAACGAUACCACAAACGCCAUCGCCCUUUGGUGUCAUACAGCAACAACAGAGUCAGCAGCAAUAUCUCAGCAGUCGUCCGCUCACAUCCACGACGCCCAAUGAUAACGGAUUGACUGUUUCAACUCCACAGACAAUCCCGCCGCCAGCCUCUAGCGGCCCAAGUCCAGGCACUACUCCCAUCACCAAUGGGCCUCAAUCGACAACUUCUACGCCUAACACACCACUUGUGCCAUCACUUAUGACGCCCUCGCAGGUGGUGACAAAUGCUAAUCAAACACCACCGCAUCCCGGUACUACUCCGUCCCCAGCGGGCCUAGGUAAAGGCAUGACCACCCAGGAGCGUGCUGCACUUAACGCUCCCCGCAGUUCGUCCAUGUCAUCGCAGAUGGCGGCAAUCACAGCUGCGUUAGACCAUGAUAACUCUCCCAGUCCUCUUAUGAAUAAUAACAAGGGCAAGUUGGAUACAAUCAAAGAGGAAUCAAAUAUAAAAAUGGAGAUGGAUCAUGAGGAGUCGGGCGAGGGUCACAGUGGACGUUCGGACGCUGGCAGUGGCAGUGGUAAGAGCGUUAACAACGAUAUGACCAGUAGCAGUCAGAUUAAGAACGAAAUCAAACAAGAACCUAUGGAAGAGAGCUCUGGUGAACCUGGUACCACUGGCACUGGUCACAUCAAGGAGGAAUCGGGUAUUAAGGAGGAGAUGGUGUCGGGUAUGAGUCAAGAAUCAUCAAGCAGUGACAUAAAAUCAGCGAUGCCAGAGCCGAUACCGCCCAGUGGUAGUUCGACCGACAAGAAACCUCUUUGUCUAUUUAAGCCCGAUGAGCUGAGACAGGCGCUCAUGCCCACCCUUGAAAAACUUUACAGGCAGGAUCCUGAGUCGCUGCCCUUCAGGCAACCUGUGGAUCCCCAAGCUCUUGGCAUACCGGAUUAUUUUGAUAUUGUCAAGAAGCCAAUGGAUUUGUCGACAAUAAAAAGAAAACUCGAUACUGGACAAUACAGUGAUCCCUGGCAGUAUGUUGAUGACGUGUGGAUGAUGUUUGAAAACGCCUGGUUAUAUAAUCGGAAGACAUCCAAAGUUUAUAGAUAUUGUACAAAGUUAUCGGAAGUCUUUGAAAAAGAAAUUGAUCCUGUGAUGCAAGCACUUGGAUACUGUUGUGGCAGAAAGUAUACGUUCAAUCCUCAAGUACUUUGCUGUUAUGGUAAACAGCUGUGUACAAUUCCCAGAGAUGCAAAGUAUUAUUCAUACCAGAACAGUGUAAAGUCGUAUGGUCUUGUUUCUGACAGAUACACCUUCUGUCAAAAAUGUUUCAACGACAUUCCCGGCGAUACGGUAACGUUAGGGGAUGAUCCGACUCAGCCACAAACUGUCAUCAAAAAGGAAGAAUUCCAAGAAAUGAAAAAUGAUCACUUGGAACAAGAACCAUUUGUUAUGUGUACAGAUUGUGGGAGAAAAGUACAUCAAAUAUGUGUAUUACAUAUGGAAGCUAUCUGGCCUUCAGGAUACACCUGUGAUAAUUGUUUAAAAAAAAAAGGACAGAAACGAAAGGACAACAAGUUCAGUGCUAAGCGGUUACCUGUGACAAAGCUUGGCACAUACAUUGAGACAAGGGUAAAUAAUUUCCUUAAAAAGAAAGAGGCAGGUGCCGGUGAGGUAGCGAUACGUGUGGUUGCCUCAAGCGACAAAGUGGUGGAGGUAAAACCAGGAAUGAGGAGUCGUUUUGUUGAGAAUGGUGACAUGUCGGGCGAGUUUCCCUAUCGAGCAAAGGCUCUAUUCGCCUUUGAGGAAGUCGAUGGCACUGAUGUCUGCUUCUUUGGUAUGCAUGUUCAGGAGUAUGGCAGUGAGUGCACACCUCCGAAUACGAGGCGGGUGUAUAUUGCUUAUCUCGACUCUGUGCACUUCUUCAGACCUAGGCAAUUUAGGACUGCCGUUUAUCACGAGAUUCUUCUCGGAUAUCUUGACUAUGCUAAACAGCUCGGUUAUACAAUGGCUCAUAUUUGGGCGUGCCCACCGUCGGAAGGAGAUGACUACAUUUUUCACUGUCAUCCUGCAGAUCAAAAAAUCCCAAAACCCAAGAGACUACAAGAAUGGUAUAAAAAAAUGUUGGACAAGGGUAUCGUUGAAAGAAUUGUAUUAGAUUAUAAAGAUAUUUUGAAACAAGCAAUGGAGGAUAAAUUAUCAUCUGCUGCUGAUCUACCUUACUUUGAAGGUGAUUUCUGGCCUAAUGUUCUAGAAGAGAGUAUAAAGGAAUUGAAUCAAGAAGAAGAAGAGAAACGUAAACAGGCUGAAGCUGCGGAAGCCGCGGCUGCUGCUAAUGCUAUAUUCUCACUUUCUGAGGAUUCUGAGACGGGUCCAGAUGGUAAAAAGAAAGGUCAGAAGAAGGCAAAAAAGUCUAAUAAAUCUAAAGCGAAUCAAAGAAAAAAUAGUAAAAAGUCUAAUACUCCUCAAACUGGAAAUGAUCUUUCUGCUAAAAUUUUUGCUACAAUGGAAAAGCAUAAAGAAGUAUUUUUUGUUAUUAGACUUCAUAGUGCUCAAAGUGCAGCCAGUUUAGGGGCAAUAUUAGAUACGGAUCCAGUUCUUAAUUGCGAUUUAAUGGACGGACGCGAUGCUUUUCUUACAAUGGCAAAAGAAAAACAUUAUGAAUUCUCAUCACUUAGGAGAGCAAAAUUCAGUUCGAUGUCUAUGUUGUAUGAAUUGCACAAUCAAGGUUCAGAUAAAUUUGUGUAUAAUUGUAAUAAAUGUAAAAGUCACGUCGAAACGAGGUAUCAUUGUACUGUAUGUGAUGAUUUCGAUUUGUGUCUAAGUUGUAAAGAAAAAGAAGGUCAUCCACAUGUUAUGGAAAAACUUGGUUUGGACUUGGAUGAUGGAUCAUCGCCGGCCGAUGCAAAACAAGUUAAUCCCCAGGAAGCACGAAAGUUUUCGAUUCAAAGGUGUAUACAAUCAUUGGUACAUGCAUGCCAAUGCAAAGACGCUAACUGUCGAUUAGCAAGUUGCCAGAGAAUGAAGAGGGUUGUGACGCAUAUAAAGACGUGCAAAAGACGGACAAGUGGUGGCUGUCCUAUUUGUAAACAACUUGUAGCCCUCUGCUGUCAUCAUGCGAGACAUUGUCAAGAGGCCAAGUGUCCAGUGCCAUUCUGCUAUAAUAUUAAGCAUAAGUUAAAACAACAACAGCAUCAUCAACGUCUACAGCAGGCUCAGUUGCUCAGGCGAAGAAUGGCUGUGAUGACCAACACACGGCCGACAGGCUCGGAGUCGGGUCUCCAGUCUGGCCCGCCUGCAACGAAUCCUUCAAUGUCGACAGGUGUAGCAAUGAAACCCGGCAUUAGUCCAACUUCACUACCCUCACCACAUCACCAACCGGGUAUUGGUAUGAAACCAGGACCACAGACUCCACCCGCGCAUGUGCUUCAGGUUGUAAAACAGGUGCAAGAAGAAGCUGCAAGACAGCAGGCGCCUCACGUCGGAUACGGCAAAGUUGCACCUUCUGGAGUUGGUGUCGGUGUAGGCGUCGGCGUAGGCGUCAGCGUCACUGGGCAGCCGGGAUCUGUUAUGCCACCACCCCAGAUGCAAAGGCCUAUGCCAGUGCAAAUGGCCAAUGCAGGUGGCACACAUCUCAUAUCCAUGGAUCAAUGGACUCCCAGCAAUACAUUAAAUUUUAGAUAUCAACCGAACGCAGUGAUGCAGCAGAAUCCAAGCUUAAGGCAGCAAGCGCCGCAACUUCUACAACAGCAACCUCAGCAGCAGCAGCCUCAGCAACAGCAACAACAGCAGCAACAGCAGCAAAGCCAACCGGGAAUAGGCGGUAUGGGUAGCCAAAUGUCCAGGCAGCCUGGUGUCAUUGGAGUUCCAACAAGUCAAGUGGGACAAAAUGCAGCUGGGAAGCAAGCUCUACAGCAGCUUAUGCAAACUCUCCGCAGCCCAAAUAAUCCUGAUCAACAGGGUGAAAUACUCCGUAUACUCAAGAGCAACCCAGCUCUCAUGGCUGCCUUUCUUAAACAACGAUCAGUGCUCGCAUUUCAGCAACAGCCGGGCCAGCACGGAGGUGGUGCGGGACCGCUAGGUCCUAGUCAAUCUCAACAGCAGCAACAGCAGCAGCAACAACAACAACAACAACAACAACAACAACAACAACAACCUGGACUGCAUAUGAUUACACCUCAGCAACAACAGCAGCAAACGCAGCAGGCCCGGAUGCAAAUACAGGCAAUGUUAAAUCAGCAGCAACAGCAGCAGGGUCAACAGCCACAGGCACCUAGUGUCCAGCAGCAGCAGCAGCAACAAUGGUACAAACAGCAGCAAAUGCUUCUCAUACAAAGACAGCAACAAGCAGCAGCCCAGCAACAGGCAGCGGUUGCGGCAGCUGCUGCUGCCGGUUCGCAAACCUUUACGCAGCCUUCCGCUCCACCCUAUGGCCAACAAAGACCUAUCAGGCCACCUAUGUUGGGUUAUAGCGGCUUCAACGAACAGGCGUAUGGCCAGCCGAAUUUGAAGCCGACGCCACCGCCGGUACCCUCGCCUCAGGGCGUGAUGGGACCCCCCGGGAUCUCUUCCGUCCAACAACAGCUGAUGCAAUCAGUGCGUUCGCCGCCACCAAUUCGUUCACCCCAACCGAAUCCUUCGCCUCGACCGGUACCCUCACCUCGCAAUCAACCAGUGCCCUCGCCUCGAGCGAAUCCGGUGCCUUCGCCACACCAUUUGGGCGGGGCCGGAACCGGCCAUCCUCCUACACCCACCCAUUCACCGGCCCACGAACUCAGUGGUCCCAGUGAGAUGAUGCUCUCGCAGUUAGGCCAGGCACCGGGUGGCCCCGGAUCUCAAACGGCAACUGGUGGCCCCGGCCAGCACCCAUCGACUAUGCCUCAUCAUCCUUCACCGGCGGCUCCGGGUGGCACUUCUGGAGCCCAGGAUGCCAACGACGUUACGCCCAUGACGCCACAAGACCAGCUCUCGAAGUUCGUAGAGGGUUUGUAGUGAUUGUUAACCGCUGCCUUGACAAUUUUUAAUGACUUACGUGCCUCGUGGCGCUGCCGAGCGGCCCCGGGUAGUGAAAUGCGUCUGCCGUGGCUGAUGCGAGCAACCCUGUGAUAAGUGUAUCGCCUGCGGUAGUUGCGGAUUUGGCGAAGGUGGCGCUGGCGGAGUGCACCCGGUGGAGAAACGGAAGAACACGAGAGAAGAAAGGAGCUUUGCCCUUUUAUCUCUCGUUGUCUCCUCAUCUCACCCUCGCCCUCCUUCUACCCAUCCAUAACCUUCCCUCUCUUUGAUAAUCGGACGCCCCUUCUCUCUCUUUAUCACUACUUUUAUAUGCUGCUGAUGAUACGCCGAAAUCCUCAUUUAUACAUAUGCAUGUGUGCACAUUCACACGUGUAUGGUGUUUAAGGGAAUGAGUACAUUCUAGAUGCACGCACAUUUAUGUAUGGCACGCAUUGCGCGCGCAUGGUA